GUUUGUUAGGCGCCAUUUUGUGCGGGAGCGGAGCCCGGAAGGUUGGUGAGUGAGAGAAGGAGGCGACGAGACUGAGAGCCGGUUACGUGUUGUGAUUCCCGGGUGUGCGGUGUCGGGCCCCAAUAGGGAAUCGUCCAUUCCCUUAUAUGCUGGAGCAGUUUGCAGCAAUGGAAAUGGAAUAUAUUCGCGUGGCGGAGGAUGAGAAUGAGGAGCCUAUGGAAAUCCCCUCCGAAGAUGACGGCACCGUCCUCCUGUCAACAGUUACGGCGCAGUUUCCUGGCGCAUGUGGCCUUAGAUACCGAAAUCCAGUGAAUCAGUGUAUGCGUGGGGUCAGAUUAGUGGAAGGAAUCCUUCAUGCACCGGAGAACGGAUGGGGGAAUCUUGUUUAUGUCGUCAAUUACCCUAAAGACAACAAGAGGAAGAUGGAUGAAACCGAUGCGUCUUCCGCUGUUAAAAUAAAGCGUGCUGUUACAAAAACAUCGGACCUUAUUGUGUUGGGGCUCCCAUGGAAAACGACGGAGCAGGACCUUAAGGAAUAUUUCAGCACAUUUGGAGAAGUCAUUAUGGUUCAGGUUAAAAAAGAUGCCAAAACUGGUCAUUCAAAAGGCUUUGGAUUUGUUCGGUUUGCAGAUUAUGAAACACAGGUUAAAGUGAUGUCACAGCGGCACAUGAUAGACGGGAGAUGGUGUGAUUGCAAACUGCCUAAUUCCAAGUCUGACCUCUACUAUACAAUGGACUACGAGAGGCUGAUACCAGGUCAUAUUCAGCAAAGCCCAGAUGAGCCCAUGCGCAGCCGAAAAGUCUUUGUUGGCCGCUGUACAGAGGACAUGAGUGCUGAGGAGCUUCGCCAGUUCUUUGCACAGUAUGGGGAGGUUGUAGACGUGUUCAUCCCCAAGCCUUUCAGAGCAUUUGCUUUUGUCACAUUUGCAGAUGACCAGGUGGCACAAUCUCUGUGUGGAGAAGACCUCAUAAUCAAAGGUGUCAGCGUUCAUGUGUCAACUGCAGAACCCAAACACAAUAACAACCGAGCCCCCUUAGACAGAGGUGGUAGAUUCCCAGGGCCAAACUUUGGGAACCAGGGCUACCCCAACAACAGGCCAAACAGCAGUGGACUUGGUAACAACCAGCCUAAUAAUAUGGGGGGUGGUGGCGGAAUGAACUUCGGGGCCUUUAGCAUCAACCCAGCCAUGAUGGCCGCUGCUCAAGCAGCCCUCCAAAGCAGCUGGGGCAUGAUGGGUAUGUUGGCCAGUCAACAGAACCAGCCUGGUCCACAAGGCAACACUCAGGGCCAGGGAAAUCAGCCCAGGGACCAGACACAGGGUUUCGGGUCCGGUAGCAACUCCUAUGGCUCGAACUCUGGAGCUAUAGGCUGGGGCUCGCCAAACGCCGCUUCUGGUACCGGUUUCAAUGGGGGCUUCGGCUCGAGCAUGGAAUCAAAGUCAUCGGGGGGGUGGGGUAUGUAGACAUAAUGGUUCAAGGAUGUGUAUUGGGUGACUGGGGUGAACAAACAUUUCCUAAUUUUGUGGUAAGUACAACGUGAAAUGAAGUUAUGGAACGUUUCCCGAAGGUUUUCUUCAAGCAUGCAGCUGUGCCUGCUUUGUGAAGGAAGAUGGAUGAUAGAAACUUGUGUGCGUGAGCUUCGAAGCUGCAUGCUGAAGAAAACCAACUGGCAUUACCCAAUGUAUAACUUUAUUUUUUUUUUAUUAUUAUUUCCAUUAUGUAAAUGAGCAAUUCUAAAUAUGUUUAGGUCAGGCUUUCUUUUAUGUGUUCACUGCUUCAUCAACUGAUCUCUGCUCCUCACCUUUUGUCUACCUGGGACCUGGCACACGCAAGCAUCUCUUUAAUCAGCCACGCUGGAUCUCUCCUCAUCCACAUAAAGCAUUACCCAGCAAGAACGCCUCCUCUGCGGCCAUUCUUAAAACGGUGGGUGAGCCAUUUUUUAAUCCGCUACUUUAUUUUUGUGGAAGUCGUACCAGCGCUUCUGAACGCACGGCUGUGAGGUGGAAC